AUGGUCAUACAGAGCAAAAAGAAGAAAAAAGUCAAUGAAGAAGAAGAUUAUGAAGGAGGAAAUGGUUGGGGAGACUCCUCCCCGAACUUCCAGCUGCCCUGUGUUGGCCAGGCAUCAGACAAAUACAUCUUAAUCCUUCAAAACAAAAACUGGACUGAAGCUCAACUGUACUGCAGAAAGAAUCACAAUGAUUUAGUCAGUAUCAGAAAUGAGAGAGAAAAUGAGAGCGUAAAGAGCAUUAUAAAAGACAGUGAAUUUAAUUUCUGGAUUGGCCUCCUGUAUGAUAACAUUGAAUGGCCUGAUGGUGCACAAUCUUCCUACAGAAAUUAUUCAAGAACACCUGAUCAGGAAAAGCAGACAUUAAUUACUAUAAAUAAUUCAAACAAAACAUGGAUACAAGGGUCAAUAUCCGGUUCCUACAAUGCUCUGUGCUACAAAAGCUUCAUUCAUGUGAGCUCUGAUGAAAUGUCUUGGGAAGAUGCACAGAAUUACUGCAAUAGCAAUGCUUCUGGACUACUGCGAAUCGAGUCACAGAAUGAUCAGAUAGAAACGGAGCGAGAAUUACAAAGACAGAAGAUUCCUGGUCCAGUGUGGAUUGGACUAAGAUAUAAAUUCACUUCUGGCCUUUGGAUUUGGGCCAAUGGGAGUUUUGUGGAAUCCUGGACCAACUGGAAAGGAGGAUUUCAACCAGAACAUCAGAUGUCUCAGUAUUGUGGUGCCAUUGAGAAGGUGAAUGGUGUGUUCAAGUUGUCUGAUAAAGACUGCGGAUCUAAAUUUAGAGUUGUAUGUGAAAAGAUGUAA